AUGCUCAUUAAAUCGAGAUAUAGCGUUAAGACUGUUAACAAAGAAGAGCAAACACGGGACGUGAUCGAUUUGGGUGCCCCCCGCUGCCCACGCAUGCCUCGUGCGUGCCCCUUGCCCAACGCCAGACUAUAUCCUGGCCCCCAAGUGCAAUCAAAAAUAAAAACCUGCAAGGAUGACAAACUCAGUAAAAGGCACACGAAAGUUAAGCCACGGAGACUGGCGCCUAAUCCAAGGCUGUAUCAGGCUCCUCCUCCACGUCCAAUACCACCACCAACGCCCCCUUUGCACUCCCAAAUAGUCUGGGCACCGCCUAUCAAAUCGACUGCCCUGGACACUGCUUCGUUGGCGGCUCUACGUCUGGCGGAGCUCCGUGCCUCAGCCCCCCAUGCCGCUUCGCCUGUUAAUCCUUUCGGAGUCACCGCGAAACAUACCGGUGAUAGCAAACACCGAAGAACACAGAAACAUAAACUGCGCCGUGAGCCGCGGAGUAGUCAGAAUCCUUUUAGAGAUCAACUCGAUGUCCUUAAACCAAUGGCUCCAAGGCAGUGGAAGAUGCAUGAGAACAGAGCAACAUAUGCCGCGAUCUAG